UUUUCGUAUCCAUUUUACAUUUCCUUAUCGUUAGCAUGUCCUCUAUAAUAUAUAUUCCGCUAUGUUUUAUUCAAAUUUUUAUGUUAUGGAAACUGACAAACUAAAAGUAUAAAAACAUCUGUCAGUGUCAUCAGAUAAUCUGACUGUCCGGGCACAAGCAGUGACCAGGCUGGGAAAACUUCUGCAUGUCAGGGAUGUCCAAACCAAAAUAUAUGUGCGUCUGGUGCUGCCAAAGACCCUGACCCUGCUAUAGAAGAAAUCAGACAGAAGAUGACGUCUGUGAAACACAAGAUUCUAGUUUUGUCUGGGAAAGGUGGUGUUGGGAAGAGCACAUUCAGUGCACAUUUAUCUCAUGCCUUAGCUAGUGAUGACUCCACAGAGGUAGCGCUGCUAGAUGUGGACAUUUGCGGACCAUCUAUACCAAAGAUAAUGGGAUUGGAGGGUGAACAGGUUCAUCAAAGUGGCUCUGGCUGGUCUCCAGUGUAUGUGGAGGACAACCUGGCCAUCAUGUCCAUAGGUUUCCUGCUCAGUAGUCCAGAUGAUGCUGUUAUCUGGAGAGGGCCAAAAAAGAAUGGCAUGAUCAAACAGUUCCUGAGGGAUGUGGACUGGGGAGAAGUGGACUAUCUGAUUGUAGACACGCCCCCAGGAACCUCAGAUGAGCACCUGUCCAUUGUGCAGUACCUCAGCGGCGCUGGCAUUGACGGGGCUGUAAUCAUCACCACUCCUCAGGAAGUGUCUUUGCAGGACGUGAGAAAAGAGAUCCGAUUCUGUAAGAAGGUUAAAUUGCCGAUCAUAGGUGUGAUAGAAAACAUGAGUGGCUUUAUUUGCCCUAAAUGCAAGAAUACAUCGCAGAUCUUUCCUCCAACUACAGGAGGGGCAGAACGGAUGUGUGAAGAGCUAAAUCUCCCUCUUUUGGGCAAAGUACCUCUGGAUCCACGGAUAGGGAAAAGUUGUGAUGAAGGAAAGUCUUUCCUUACUGAAGUUCCUGACUCUCCUGCAGCAAUGGCUUAUCACAGUAUAGUGCAGAAAAUCAAAGAUUACUGCUCUCAUACUCUGUCAGAUGAUCCUUGACGGCAGUUCUUGGUGCUGGGGUAUUAAUUCGCAAAUCAGUGUCUAAUGAUUGGUUGAUCAUGAAAAGUCAUGAUAAGCAAUCAUCUGAGCAAUAUACAUGACCACUUGAAAACCAUACAAAGUGAUAACCUAAAAUAAUCGUGGCGUGAAACUGUUUGCACCCACUUUCUGGAAAAAGAAUUUGAAAACAUGACAUUUAAGUUAUUUAAGUUCUUUUCAAAAAUCUAAAUAUACUUAAAGGGACACUCCACUUUUAAAAAAAAUAUGCUAAUUUUCCAGCUCCGCUAGAGUUUAAACAUUUGAUUUUUAACGUUUUGGAAUCCAUUCAGCCGAUCUCCAGGUCUGGCGGUAUCACUUUUAGCAUAGCUUAGCAUAAUCCAUUGAAUCUGGUUAGACCAUUAGCAUCAUGGUAAAAAAUAACCAAAGAGCUUUGAUAUUUUUCCUAUUUAAAACCUAUUCACAUCGUGUACUAAGAUCGAUGGAAAAUUAAAAGUUGUGAUUUUCUAGGCAGAUAUGCUAGGAACUAUACUUUCAUUCUGGCGUAAUAAUCAAGGACUUUGCUGCCGUAACAUGGCUGCAGCAGGAGCAAUGAUAUUAUGUAGUGCCUGAAAAUAGUCCACUGCUAUUGAAAGAUACUAAGGGGACUAUAUUCGGCUGCUACGUAAUAUCAGUAACAUUUAUCUAUUUACCAUCAUCUUUAAAUAGGAAAAAUAUCGAAACACUUUGGUUAUUUUUAGCGCAACGCUAAUGAUCUAAUCAGAUUCAAUGGAUUAUGCUAAGCUAUGCUAAAAGUGAUACCGCCAGACCCGGAGAUUGGCUGAAUGGAUUCCAAAACGGUAAGAAUCAAAUGUUUAACUCUAGGGGAGCUGGAAAAGGAGCCCAUUUAAAAAAAAAUGGAGUGUCCCUUUAAAUCUUUAAAAUCGUUCUGAUUGAUGUUAAAGUUUAUAGUAAAUACCACAAAGAGUUUUACUCCAAUACAAGUCUACAAUCAAUAAAGAUAAAUAUGAUAGAAGUAUAAUUAUAAGCAUUAUAAAAUUGAUAUGUUUUUUUUUAUAAGAAAACAUUGAACUUGGGUUCUACAAUAGCAUUUCUUAUGCAUCAUACCAUAAAUAGCCCUUAUGUUUUAUUAUGUUGUAAAUGCUUUGUUCAGAUUUGCUAAUAAAUUUCUUACGAUUAAAA